CAAAGGUACUGGGCUGUCGCUUCCGGUCCGGUUAAACGCGGCUUAGGUGCGCAGCGUGGCUGGUGUCGUGCGGAGAUCGGCUUCUGAACGUAAAUGACCAGGUGAAGAAUCAAGAAUCAGCGUCCGGAUUGAGGAGUCUGGAUACCGGGGAAAAGACCGGAAAAAAGGCCAGGAACUUGAAUACAAUCUGUCCGCUGUUUCCGAGGGGGCAACUUCCACGGUGAACCCCUCUGCCCUGGUAACGGCCAAAGAGGAGGAGAUGGCGCCAGUCAGGGAGCGGCUGUGGCCAAGACAGUAAGGAAGCGCGAAGGCGGAGCAACCGGGAAGCCUCCUGAGAAGAAUCAGAACCGUCGCUGUCACCACUGCCGCCACCACUAUGGAAGGAGCAAAACCGACAUUGCAGCUGGUGUACCAGGCAGUGCAGGCUCUUUACCACGACCCGGAUCCCAGCGGAAAGGAGCGCGCCUCGUUUUGGCUUGGGGAGCUGCAGCGUUCGGUUCAUGCCUGGGAGAUUUCUGAUCAGUUGUUACAGAUCCGACAGGAUGUGGAAUCAUGCUAUUUUGCUGCACAGACCAUGAAGAUGAAGAUUCAGACCUCAUUUUAUGAGCUCCCUACAGACUCUCAUGCCUCCUUAAGGGACUCAUUGCUAACCCAUAUCCAGAACUUGAAAGACUUAUCACCUGUCAUUGUAACGCAGCUGGCUUUAGCAAUAGCAGACCUUGCCCUACAGAUGCCUUCUUGGAAGGGUUGUGUACAGACAUUGGUGGAAAAAUAUAGCAAUGAUGUAACUUCUUUGCCAUUUUUGCUGGAGAUCCUUACGGUGUUACCUGAAGAAGUACAUAGUCGUUCCUUACGAAUUGGAGCUAACAGGCGCACAGAAAUUAUAGAAGAUUUGGCCUUCUACUCCAGUACAGUAGUAUCUCUGUUGAUGACCUGUGUAGAAAAAGCCGGAACAGAUGAGAAAAUGCUCAUGAAGGUCUUUCGCUGUUUGGGAAGUUGGUUUAACUUGGGAGUUUUGGACAGUAACUUCAUGGCUAACAAUAAGUUACUAGCACUGCUUUUUGAGGUUUUGCAACAGGAUAAGACCUCAUCCAACCUACACGAAGCUGCUUCAGACUGUGUGUGCUCAGCUCUUUAUGCCAUUGAGAACGUGGAAACUAACUUGCCAUUAGCCAUGCAGCUUUUUCAGGGAGUCCUGACGUUGGAGACUGCCUAUCAUAUGGCUGUGGCACGUGAAGAUUUAGACAAAGUUCUGAAUUACUGCCGUAUUUUCACUGAACUAUGUGAAACUUUUCUUGAAAAAAUUGUUUGUACUCCAGGCCAAGGUCUUGGAGACCUACGAACUUUGGAACUGCUUCUUAUAUGUGCAGGGCAUCCUCAAUACGAGGUAGUAGAAAUUUCCUUUAACUUUUGGUACCGACUAGGGGAGCAUUUGUACAAAACUAACGAUGAAGUUAUUCAUGGCAUCUUCAAAGCUUACAUUCAGAGGCUGCUUCAUGCCUUGGCUCGACACUGCCAGCUGGAACCAGACCAUGAGGGGGUUCCUGAAGAAACUGAUGACUUUGGCGAGUUUCGGAUGCGGGUAUCAGACCUGGUGAAGGAUUUGAUUUUCUUGAUUGGGUCUAUGGAGUGUUUUGCUCAGUUGUAUUCUACUCUGAAAGAAGGCAACCCACCCUGGGAGGUGACAGAAGCGGUUCUCUUUAUCAUGGCUGCUAUAGCAAGAGUGUUGAUCCCUGAGAAUAAUCCAACACUGGUGGAGGUCUUAGAAGGAGUCGUCCGUCUCCCAGAGACUGUCCAUACAGCUGUGCGAUACACUAGCAUUGAAUUGGUUGGAAUGAGCGAAGUGGUUGAUCGAAAUCCUCAGUUCCUUGGGACAGCACUUGUCCUUGCCAGAUUACCGUUGGAUAAGAUUACUGAAUGUCUUAGUGAGCUAUGUUCUGUUCAGGUUAUGGCAUUGAAGAAGCUGUUGUCUCAGGAGCCCAGCAAUGGCAUAUCCUCAGAUCCCACUGUGUUCUUAGAUCGCCUGGCAGUGAUAUUUAGACAUACCAAUCCCAUUGUGGAAAAUGGACAGACUCAUCCAUGCCAAAAGCUGAGGCAAAAGAUAUGGCCAGUUUUAUCCGAGACUCUAAACAAACACCGGGCUGAUAAUCGGAUUGUAGAGCGUUGUUGCAGGUGCCUGCGCUUUGCUGUUCGCUGUGUGGGCAAAGGAUCUGCAGCCCUGCUACAGCCACUAGUCACACAGAUGGUGAAUGUAUACCACGUACAUCAGCAUUCCUGUUUCCUGUACCUUGGCAGUAUCCUUGUGGAUGAGUAUGGUAUGGGAGGCUGUCGGCAGGGACUCUAGACAUGCAUCCAGGCACUGUGCAUCCCCACCUUUCAACUCCUGGACCAGCAGAAUGGUCUCCAGAACCACCCUGACACUGGUGACCUGUUCAGGCUAGCUACCAGGUUUAUUCAGCGUAGCCCUGUCACGUUAUUGAGGAGCCAAGUAGUAAUUCCAAUCUUACAAUGGGCCAUUGCCUCUACUACCCUGGAUCACCGGGAUGCCAAUUGUAGUGUCAUGAGGUUCCUACGAGACCUUAUCCAUACAGGGGUAGCCAAUGAUCAUGAAGAAGACUUUGAAUUACGGAAAGAACUAAUUGGACAGGUGAUGAACCAGCUUGGACAACAACUUGUAAGCCAGUUGCUCCACACAUGUUGCUUUUGUCUCCCUCCCUAUACUUUACCAGACGUGGCUGAAGUGCUGUGGGAGAUCAUGCAGGUUGACAGGCCGACCUUUUGUCGCUGGUUAGAGAAUUCCUUGAAAGGUUUUGCAAAGGAGACAAACCGUGGAGCUGUUACAGUGACACACAAACAUCUUACAGACUUCCACAAGCAAGUACUAGGUGAUGCUGAGGAAUGUAAGCAAGUUUGCUGGGCCUUGCGAGACUUCACCAGGUUAUUUCGAUAGCUCACACUCCUGCACUGUGCCUGUCACCCAGGAAUGUCUUUUUUAAUUAGAAGACAGGAAGAAAACAAAACCCAGACUGUGUCCCACAAUCAGAAACCUUCGAUGCGGCAGAGGGGCCUUCACUGCCCCCAGGGCGUCCACCCAGACAGGGAGAGACUCCAGCCUUCCCAGGCGUCCUGAGGAGUUCCUGUUUGGGGGUGUGAGGGAAAAUCAGCGCGGUUUAAAAAAGAUGGCUGCAGCCUGUCCGGCGUGGUGGGAGGGGAGCUGGUUUCCUGGUGAACUUGUUUCUAAAAGGAAAAACAAUUUUGAGGAAAUAAAAAAGGAAAAAAGAAAAACUAAACUGAAACCAGAACUGAAACAUUCGCCUGGUAGCAAAUGAUAUACACUAAGUGCAGUACACACAGAAAACAAAAGUGAGAACUUGAUGUGAAACAAAAGUAUUCACUUAGGGAAAAUGUGGGAAUUCAAAUGAAUUUUAAAUAUUUACAGUUGGAAGUAAAGGGUCAGGGUCAUCUCUGAGAGUUUUCUAUUGUUUCACCUUCUUUCCCUCUCCUACUCCCCCCACCCUUUAACACAGUGAAUAGAAAUAUCCCUCCCUGCAACUAUUUCUUCCUGCCAUGAGCUGUUAUGACAAGAAGCCUAUUCUGCUAUAGGUCAUGGUCAUGUUGGUGAUACUCAGGACCAGCCAGGGUCAAAAUGCAUAUUCGUGUAUAACUCAACCCUGACCCUUAUCAGUCUCUAAAUCCACUACCAAUCCCCAUGAGGUUGUCAGCCUUGGGGAGAAGAGCCACAUUGAGGUGGGUGGGGUAGGAUAUAAAUGUGUAUUUUGUUUUUUUGUUUUUUUAAGUUUUUUUUCUUUCUUUUUCCCUUAGCGAACUAUUUACCCACAGAUGUGAGAAAAAAUGAGGGUGAGAGUAUGGAGCAAGUGUUUACAGGGCUACUUGUAUUUUACUAAAAAGUGUGGAAACUAAUUGACUUUGUGGGGGUAAGGGCCAAAGUGGGGAGCCCAAAACAGAUCUUAAUGUUUCAAAGGAGUGCAGCCCUGCAUAGUCAUUAGAUUUGAGGGCACUGUUCUGUCUGGUGUUGUAGCCAUCUCAAGAACAAAUCAACAGCAACAAAACAAACAAAAAAAUUAAAAAAAAAAAAAAAAAAAAAA